AUGUAAGGAAUGGGUAUAGGUGGAGCUUAUCAUGCAGCCCGCCGACAAGAUGAAUUGAAGCGAAUGAAAUUACAAAAGCAAAAUCAUAAGAAAACAAUGCCCUACAUGAGCUAGAAAAACACUCUCAAGGAUAUAUACAUGCAGACAUCAGUCGUUAACAGUGAAAAGGUUAACAUCAGUCUUGGAAAGAAUGAUGAUAGCUUUUUUGAAGAUUCAAAACAGAUGUCACCCAUGAAAUAAAGUAUGGACGAAAAUCAAUAAGUGGAAGGAAAACUCAAUUUGAAUCUUAUGCAUUUGGGGUCUGGACUUGAUACAAAUCACAUGCAGGGCACAGAAAGAUCAGAUAUGAUGAAGUCUUAAAAUUUAUCAAAGACUCAGUAACUGUUGCUUGGGACCAAACAAGAGGUUGUAUUUCUUAAGAAAUCAGCGCUGUUCCGAUACCAUGGCAAACAAAAUCUGUAUGACAAGAGGUCACUGUUCAUUCUUAAUGGGGACAAUCCAAUAAGAAAAGUAAUUGUUUGGCUAGUUGAUUGGAAAUAUUUUGAGUACUUUAUUUUGGUAAUGAUACUUUUGAAUUCCCUGGCACUGGUACUCUACGAUUACAGUGAUAGAAAUUCAGAAACAUAAUGGAAUUAGUACCUAGAUAUUGCUGGUACUGUUUUUACAGUAAUUUUCGCUGUUGAAUGUGGACUCAAAAUCCUAGCUUAUGGAUUUAUAAUACAUAGAAAAGCAUACUUAAGAUUAGGUUGGAACAUUUUGGAUUUCGGGGUUGUCAUUUCAGGUAUCUUAGAGACUCUGCCUGGCUCAGUCAGACUAAAAUCUCUUAGAGUUCUUAGAGUUUUAAGACCUUUAAGAAGCAUCAACGCAAUACCUAGCAUGAAGAAGCAUGUUACUGCAUUGAUAUAAUCUAUUCCAGAUUUCUUUAAUGUUGUCAUUUUUCUGCUAUUCAUCUUCAUUCUUUUUGCAAUCCUUGGUACUCAUUAAUAUUAAGGUAUCUUUUACAAUGAAUGCAGAUUCAAUCGUUAGCCCGAAACACCUAAUUCUUGGUUAAUUGACAUGAAUUAAACUAGAGUUUGUACAAAAACUGGCUAAGGAUUAUUUACGUAUGAUCACAUUGGAAAUUUCACAGCAAUCAAUUAUGGUAUAACAAAUUUCGAUGAUUUAGCUUCUUCCCUCUUAUCAGUCUUUCAAAUAGUAUCCACUGAUGCCUGGAGUGUCUAUAUGUUCAAUCUUAUGGAUGCAGAUGUUCCAUUUGUAGGAGCAGCAUAUUGCAUAUUAAUGGUUGUAAUUGGUGCUUUUUUCCUGAUGAAUUUAAUUUUGGCAGUCAUCAUUCAGGCAUUCAUUAAGAUUUAGAAGAGAGAACUUGAUGAAGAAUUCUUGAAGUUAGAAGAUAAGAAAUAGGAUAAAGAUCAACUUGAAAUACUAGAAGAAGUUGCUGAGUUUUAGGAUUAAGCUGCAACUAGAGCUUAACCGCAUGAUCAAAAUUAGGACGAAACUGUUGAGAUAAAGUAGGAUUGGGAUCAAAAUUAUUCAGCCUAUCCUAAAUCAGACCUAGCAGAUUCUAGGCAGAAUCUUGCUACACAUGACAAUUACGCGAAUGAAAAUACAAAUUAUAAUAAAGACUAUGAUACCUAGUCCAAACUUAAAAAUUCUAAUUCUAGCAUGCCUACUCUUGGUAUGACCAUACUUACCAGCAGGGGGUUUGGGAAAAGAGUUAGCUAGGAAGAGACUCUUGUGCCACCAAAUUUGCAAGAAACUCUUCCAAAUCCACAAUCCCUUUUGUCUGACAGAAGAAAGUCUAGAAUUUAAGAAAUGACAGAGGAGUUGCAUGCUUUGCAUGAACAUGAUGAACCUAAAACUGUAAAGUCACAUGAAGGUGUAGCAGAUCUAAGUUUCUUGAGACCAAUCGCAAUGAAAAGAAAAGUAGCAAAUAUAUUUUCAAAAUAGUCAAACUCUAAUACAAUAAAUAGAUCUCCAAUUCAUGAAUAAGUUCAUGAGCAUACACAUGAAGAUGAAGAUACAGAUUAAUAGAAAAAACUUCAGUUCUCUUUUAUACCAUCAUAGGCUCUUCAAUUACCAUUACCAGACACAGCUAGAGAUUAACAGCCAAAAUCAGAAAGUCCACCAAAACGAAAAAAUCUAAUCUCUAAUUUCUUGGCAGAACUAGCCGAUAGAAAGAUAGAUGCCAAAACUAAUAACCAAGAUUAAGAUAUAGAACCUGAUACCCAUUAAAAUUAAGAAUAAAGCAAACUCUAACUGGCAUUUUCAAAAUUUCUCGAAAAACAAAGAACUGAAAAAUAGUCGCAACAAGAAUAUUUUAAUAAUCUACUCUAAGAAACAAAACAAAAUUAUGAAAGAGAAAAAGAGGCUAAUUAGCCUAGCAGUCUUAGAUAACUUGCAUCUUUGAGACUGGGCAUUAAGAUAAAAAGGCAAAAAGCUGAUUUAUCAAAGGAAUAUAGGAGGUUCAAAUCAGAAUACAGAGCUGAAAAAAAUAAAGUCUUCAAAAUUGCCUUUAGAAUUUCACAGAACAAACUUUUCACAAGCUUUAUCUCUUUGUCUAUUGUUUUGAACACUGUGAUACUUUCUCUAGAUUCUUAUCCAGAGGAUGAUAAUUUAAACUUUAUCUAUGAGUGGAUUAACACUGGAUUUUCACUUGUAUUUAUUGCAGAGAUGCUAAUCAAACUAGUGGCACUAGGCUUGAAAGCAUAUUUCAUAGAUGCAUUUAAUACUUUUGAUUGUAUUGUGGUCUUUGCUACUGUUAUUGAUCUAUUUGUCUCAAAUCUUCUCUCAUAUGAAAGUGGUGGAGCUUUUACUGCUUUAAGAGCUUUUAGAUUAUUAAGAAUAUUUAAACUUGCUAAGUCCUGGAAGAAACUACAAUAGCUCCUAAAAACUAUUUGGAAGACUUUGAAAGAUGUUAGUACAUUUUCAAUCUUGCUCUUUUUGUUCAUGUUUGUAUACUCACUUCUUGGAAUGGAGAUGUUCGCGUAUAAAGCUAAAUUUGAUGCGCUUGGAUUUAUUGAUAUGGAAAAUGGUAUAGAUCCUCCCUAAAACUUCAAUGAAUUUCUUGAAGCUUUUACUACUGUAUUUAUCGUUCUAACUAAUGAUGGCUGGUCUUCAAUAUAUUUCAAUUACUAUAGAACAGCUGGAGGUAUUAUCUCAACUAUUUUCUUCAUUUCAUUAAUCGUAAUUGGCCAGAAGAUAUUACUUAAUCUCUUCCUUGCUAUUCUUCUCGAAAAUUUUGAUGAAGACUCGCUAAAUCAAGAGAUUAAAGCGUAAUUCAAAGAGUAAGAGCAAAUGAAGAAUGAGUUAACAAAAAUAGAGAGAUUUAUUUAAUGGGCAAAGGAUAAGUUAAUGGACUUUUUUAGUUUAAACUAAGAUCAGAAUUAAUCAGCUAAAUUUUAAGGCAAGGUACAAGGAAAUUCAAGUGGUAGUGGAAAUAGCUCAAGUUUCGCUAACUUAUCCAAUACAGUAAGAAUAUAGGCAUCAACUCUUACUAUGACUCCAAAGAGUAAUCCAACAGCCAAUGAAAGAAGAAGAAGGAAGAGGUUAAAGGACUCAAAACAGUUAUCAAGUAUAGACAACAAUGUAUAUGUAGAAGGAAAAUCUUUAUAUCUAUUUGGAAUGGAGAAUUGGUUUAGGCAAUUGAUCUUUGAUAUUGUUACUAACAUGAAGUUUGACUACUUAAUUAUUUUCUUCAUUAUCCUCUCUGCAGUUUAACUAGCACUAGAAAACCCUCUUAAUGAUCCUAAUGGUGUGAUUGAGUAAGUACUAUUUUAUAUAGACACAGUUUCAACAGCAGUUUUCUCAUUAGAGGCCUUUCUUAAGAUAAUUGCAUUUGGUUUUAUAUUCAAUGGAAGACCAAGCUAUUUGAGAAAUCCAUGGAAUAUGCUAGACUUUGUGAUUAUAAUCUUUUCAAUUUUGUCUCUGACUCCCUUAGUAGGAAAUUUAAAAAUCAUUAAAAUCUUUAGAGUUGCUAGACCUCUUAGAUUGAUUAGCAGAAAUAAAGGAUUAAAAGUUGCUGUAAAGGCAUUGGCAUAAGCUAUUCCUAGCAUUGCAAAUGUUACGAUUAUCACUCUCUUAUUCUUUGUUAUUUUUGGAAUCAUCGCAAUCAGUUAUUUUAAAGGCAAAUUUUUCGUUUGCAAUAUUGCAAAUGUAGACACAGCAGCUGUCCUUACUAUAUAAACGAAAUGGGAUUGCUUUAAUGCAGGAGGGACUUGGCAAAAUAGUCCUUAUUCUUUUGAUAAUAUAUUAGAUGCCUCAUAAACUAUGUUUUAAAUGGCUACUACUUCUGGCUGGUCAACCAUAAUGUACACUAGUAUGUCCUCAACAGACAUUGAUUAUGUUCUUGUUAAUAAGAAUAAUCCCUAUUGGUCCCUAUUUUUCAUUGUAUUUAUCAUCGUUGGUGCAUUCUUCCUAUUAAAUCUCUUCGUCGGAGUCGUAAUUUCAACUUUCAAUAGAGAAAAAGAUAAAAUAGGUGGAAAUAACCUAUUAACUGACUAGUAAAAGGAAUGGAUUGACACUCGCUUAUUGGUAAUUAACUCUAAGCCGAUGAAAAAGUUAAAGCCUCCUAAUAAUAGUAUUAGACGCAUUUGCUUUUUAAUUUAGGAAAAUAGAUUUUUCGAUUUGGUAAUAUUUGUUUGCAUUUUACUAAAUACUUUGAUAUUAUGCUUAAAAUGGUAUGAUUAGCCUAAUGAUCUUGAUUUUUCUACUGAUGUAAUAAACUACAUAUUUACUUUUAUCUUUACUCUGGAGGCUUUUAUCAAAAUAAUGGCUCUUGAUAAACUCUAUUUUAAAGAUGGGUGGAAUAUUUUCGACUUCACUAUUGUGAUAGGAUCAAUUGCUAGUGUUUUCCUCACAUUAUUUACAACUUUAUCAAUUGGAGGAGCAACAACUAUUAUUAGAGCAUUUAGAAUUUCAAGAGUGUUUAGAUUGAUUAAAAAGGCAUAGAGCUUAAGAAUGGUCUUUAACACCUUUAUUGUUACCUUACCUGCACUUGCUAAUGUAGGUGGUCUAUUACUUCUGCUACUGUACUUAUACUCUGUUCUAGGUGUUUAUUUAUUUGCUGAAGUAAAAAGAAAUGGGAUUAUGAAUGAUGUGUUAAAUUAUGAAAGCUUUUGGAAUGCAUUUAUUACUCUAUUCAUUGUAGCAACAGGUGAUUCUUGGGAUUAGAUAAUGGAUUCAUCAACUCAAGAAAUGAGUAUCACUUACUAGUGUUAAGCUGACCCAACCUACUAAGAUUAUGUUAAGAAUGGAGAAAUGCCAGUUGGUUGUGGUAUUGGAGCUGCUGCUCACCUUUUUUACUAUAGUUAUAUUCUAUUUGUAAACUUGAUUUUCCUCAAUCUCUUCAUUGCAAUUAUUUUGCAAGGCUUCGAAGACACAUAGUAAAAAGAAACAAGACUUUUCAACAAUGAUACAUUAGGCUAAUUUAGGAAAAUAUGGGCAGAUUUCGAUCCAGAGGCAACAACUUUUAUUAAGAUUUCUUAGCUUAAACCAUUGCUAUUCAAGCUUGGAUCACCUUUAGGGUUUGAUAAGACUUUCAAGGGAAGUAAGGCAAAGCAAGAUAACUUCAUAAUAAAUCUAGACUUGCCAACAUACAACGACUUUACUGACUAUCAAUUUUUGGAUGUUCUAGAUGCAUUAUCUCUGAGAUUAAUGGUGAAAGAAAAUUUUGAAAAAUCUAAGAAACGAGAGGAGGAGGAAGAAGAGAUAAAAUCUGACGGAUCAUUAGAAGAGUAAGGUCAUGAAAUAAAAAGAAUGGAUACAAAGUAAAAAGAAGAAAAAUUUAAGAAUCAAAUAAUUUAGGAUAUCAAUAAGCUAAAGUUCUCAGAAGGGGCUCAGGGUAUAGAUGCUGUAUAAUAAGUACAGAUUAAGGAAAACAAGAUGUAGGCUUCAUAGAAAAAUGUCAACAAGGAUAACUACUUUACUUCUUUACAUCAGGCUGCAGCAGAAGUAGCUUUUAAUCAUAUGAAAUAUGUAGUAGCAAAAAGAAAGCUAAUAAAGAAAAUAGAAAAUAUGGAAAAUGAAGAGAUGGAAUACACAAACUAAUUGAUGCAAGAUGCUUAAUAAUCAGUGCCAAACGUGGUAGAUUCAUCUGAAAAUAGUAUAAGUAUUUCAAAUAGUCAACCUAGUAGGCAUAAUAUAACUAUUCCUCCCUCUAGAGAUGAAAUUUCAUCAAAAAGUUCAAAAAAUGUAUUGAGCAAGUUCACAAAGCCUGAUAAAAGCAGAAAUGUAAUUAAUCAAGAAAAGUAGGACAAUCCUAUACUAAACUAUUUACAGAAUGAACCUAAUAAUAGAAUAAUCAUCCAAGAUAUGACUGAUUCUAGGAUUAAAGUGAGAUAAAACACUAAAUACAUUUCAAAAAUGCAAAGAAAGAAAAAAAAUUCUGCUAAAUAAAACAGUAAUGACCAAAGUUAAAUAUAGUAGUAGCAAGACGAUUAGUUAGCAGUACCUUAGGAUUAAAUUGAUAUCACUAAGUCAAGUUUUAGUAUUAAUUCCAUACUUGAUACCUCAUAAGUUGAGAAGAUUAUAGAAUAAGAAAUAGGGGCUCAUAGAAUGCCAACUCUUAAAUUUCAGGUUUCAAAUUAAGACGAUGAAAAUAAAUAAGACUAUGAUGAUGAAGAUACAAGAAGAAGUGGAAGCAAUAGGAAUCUGAUGAGAUAAUAUCAUAAUCAAAGUAAAACAUAAACUGACUAGUCAUUGACUAUUGAUUAGUCUAGAGAGUAGGUAAUUAGAAAUCUAAACAAUAGCAACAGAGGCUUCAUUAAUGCCUAGAACAAUAAUAAUGCAUUUGGUGGAUCAAUGGGUGGAACUGGAGAGUACAUAUUAACAAAUGAUUACGAAGAGGAGAAGCAAAGUAGAAGUAAUCAAAUGUCCCCUAGUAGUAGAAGAAUAAACAAUAGAUAUGCAUUUGAUAAUCCAGCAAGGUAGCUUACUUCAUUUUUGAAUUAGAACCAUACUGAUCAAAACAGAUAACACUAGUUGCUACCAUAAAGAGAUGGUAGCUUUCACCUCUAGAGAAUGCAGAGCUCAAAUUCUAGAAAUAGUAAAAGUGAUAUUUCAUAGUUGAUUUAAGAAGAGCUCACUCGUAUGCUAAGCAUUCCAAAAAAUAAACAAUAUCUUGAACGUAUUGAGGAAGCGGAAGAUCAGCACGAGCUAGAAAAUAUAAAGAGAGAUCUUUAUUCUAAUGAUAACUUUAUGGAGGAAAUUUAGAAAGUUAUUGAGAGCAAAAUUACCACACCAGCAAGGCUCUCAGAAUUAAAAAAUGAAAUAAAAUAGUUCUCUGGACUCAAUAGCAUGUCAAGAAUUCAUAAUAAUGAAGAGGAUAUAGAUAUAUUUACUGACAGAGAUGGUGAUUUCAACAAUACUAAUUGA